AUGGAAACUCCGGAAGAAGAACUGUUCCCGCGGGUCACCGCAGAAAGCCUCAGCAGCGGCUGCACUUUGCUGCUGCUGCGGACGCCGCAGCAGCUGCUGCUGGGCCUCGACUUGGCCCAGUGGCGGGUGGGGCCGAAGUUCAAAGGCAUCCGCAACAUCGACGUGGGCUGCCACUUCCUGCACUGGACCACCCCCGCAGCAGCAGCAGCAGCAGCACCAGCAGCAGCAGCAGCAGCAGCGCCAGCAGCAGCAGCAGCAGCAGCAGCGGCGGCGGCGGGGUGUACGUACACCCGAAUGCGGGUGGAGGAGGCGCUGGGCAGCAGCAGCCAGCGCGGCGAAUUUCUGCACUUCAGUGCAGCGCAGCAAACCAUCGUGCGGGAGUGGAGUGCGCAGCUGGGGCGCUUUUUGCCGCUGCAGGAAGCAGCAGCAGCAGCAGCAGCAGCAGCAGCAAACCGCCUCGAGUUCCUCCCAGGCCUUGGCCUCUACCCCAGCUUCCUCCGCCCCCAGUGGCGGGCCCUCUCCGCCCACAUUUCUGCUGCUGCAGUGGCCCGCGUGGAGCCCCUCGGCCGCUGCCUCGAGGCCCAGGGGCAGCCCCUCGCGCCCCACGAGCUGCUGCUGCUGCAGCAGCAGCAGCAGCAGCAGCAGCAGCAGCAGCAGCAGCGGCGGCGGGCGCGGAGGCGCGGGGAGGCGGCGGCGAAGCGCGAAGACGGCGAGGCUGCUGAGGCCGGCGAUGAUGAUGCAGCAGCAGCAGCAGCAGCAGCAGCAGCAGCGGGAGAGGAAGCAGCAGCAGCAGCAGCAGCAGAGGAAGCAGCAAGGGAAAAGCGGGAAGCAGCAGAAGCUGCUUCCUGCCGCAUGUUCUACAUGGACCUGCGGCCUGCGCGGAGCGCAGCAGUUGCUGCUGCGCGGCGCGCAGCAGCAGCAGCGCGGCGCACGGGCCUGGACGCUGCUGCUGCUGCUGCUGCUGCUGCUGCUGCAGUGACUGCGCAGUGCACCGACCGCACGGACUUGCUGCUGCAGCUCAUUCGAGAACAAGAAGAAGGCUUUGCUGCUGUUCUUGCGGAACUCCAAAUGGCUUUUAUUGCUGUUGUUCUUUGCCACCACUACCCCUCGCUGCUGCACUGGAAGGAGCUGCUGCAGCUCGUCUCCAACUCCGAAAGGGCCCUCUACCUCUACCCCGAGCUGUUUAGCAAGUUCAUAGACACCUUCUACGCGCAGCUGGAACAAGCCCCCGACGAGCUGACGGAGUUGGAGCCGCUGCAGCAAAACAAUUUGCUGACGAGCUGCUGCGCUGCGCUGCUGGAGUUUUGCUGCAGCGUCGACAGGCAAGCCGCCAGGGCCGCGCUGAAGCAGCAGCAACUGGCAGCAGCAGCAGAAGCAGCAGCAGCAGCGCCUGCUGCUGCUGCAGCAGCCAAAGCUGCAGCCGCCAGACGCCGGGAAACCCACGACCCCCGCCCAGAGGCAAUGCAAACAGAACAAGAGCAGCAGCCACCAGCAGCAGCAGAAGCAGCAGCAACAGAAGCAGCAGCAGCAGCAGAAGCAGCAGCAGCAGCAGAAGCAGCAGCAGCAGCAGAAGCGGAAAUAGACAGGGCGGUGGCUGCGCAGCUGGCGGCGCUGGAGCCGCAGUACCGAGAAGUGGAAGCAGCAGCAGGGCGGCUCUGCGAACUCGUGAGGAUUCUUUUCAAAACGGACGAAAAGAGAAAAGGAGAAAUGAAAAACUUCUCCGAAAUGGAACAGCUGCUGCUGGCGCUGCAGGGGGAAGAAGGCCCCGUAGUCGUCGGCUGGACGCAGGACGCCGCCGACAGCAGCAGCGACAAUAAUAACAAUAAUAAUAAUAAUAAUAAUAAUAAUAAUAAUAAUGAUAAUAGUAAUUGUGACAAUAAUAGUGGAAAUAAUGGCAAUAAUGGAGAUAAUAACGGCGACGAAAGUGCCAACUUGAAUACUUGUGGCGGCGGCGACGGCGCGGCGAUGCAAACGGACGCGUGA